AUGAUUGCCAUGAUCUAUGCUGCUUUGCUGGGAGGCACAUCCUUCGUUACGGGCUUCCCAGUCGCUGAGAAACGCACCGUGACGGCGCUUGACCAAGCAGCAUUUGACGAAGCUCAACAGCGGGACGACACUGCUACAAGAGCAUUUUCUUCUGUCUCCAUCACCACUUCUGAUGGACAAUGCCUCUUUGUUGAUGAAUUGUCAGGAGAUUUCCGUGCCAAUCUGACUCCCAUCCAAGUUGGUGUUUGUGACGGGAGUGAUGGACAGCUCUGGGAUGUCAUUACGGCUGGGAAGCAUGACGACCAGCCGGGCACCAUGCUCAUUGUCAGCACAAUGACACAAGCUUGCUUCAACUUUGAUCCGCGUCGUGCUGCGGGAAACCAGGUGCUGCUCUUUUCUUGUGGUGGCCGGGCGGAUGGUGGUGGUACUGUGACAGACUCGCAGCUCUUUCCUUUCAGUGGAAGCGCCGGACCGCAGUCCUUUUCUCCAGAGAAUGCACCUGGUACCUGUUUAACAGUCAGGGGAGCCGUCAUUGACCAAGCCACGUGCAACUCAGCAGACUCACACCAGUCGUUCACUUUCGGUGGUGCUGCCGCUUCAUCUGCGGCCAAUACCGCAGCUUCGAGUACAACUACUGCCGUUGCAGUCGAAAGCCCGACCGCAACUCCAACCACAGCUGCAGCAACAAUCACUUCUCCGCCUGCUUCCUCAAUAAGCACAGCAACAGUCUCUACCUCGGCAUCCAUCAUCUCUGUUCUCAACCCCUCGGCAGCUGCAGAAGCAAAUCCUCGAGAUGAUACUGCUACCCGCGCCUUUUCCUCCGUCGCAAUCAAAUCUGCUGAUGGCCAGUGCCUCUUCAUCGACCCAACAGCCGGCGACUUUCGCGAAAAUCUCGUGCCAAUCGUUCUUCAACCGUGCGACGGCAGUCCAAAUCAGCAAUGGGAUGUCAUCACGGCAGGAGUACACAAUGACCAGCCGAACUCUGCCUUGAUCGUUAGUAGCCUGACCCAGGGAUGCCUUAAUUUCGACCCGAGAAGAGCUGCUGGAGAUACGGUCAUUAUGUUUAGUUGUGGAGGUAGGGCAGACGGCGGCGGUGCUGUGACCAACAGCCAGCUUUUCGCCUUCACCACUGGAGAGACGAGCUUAACGCUCCAGCCAGAGAAUGGGUCAGGCGAUGUAUGUCUGGUAACGAAUGCAUCGGGAAGGCUCGAUCAGGCACCGUGUAGUGGUGAUGCUAGCCAGGUAUUUACCAUUGGCUGA